CCCCCUUUCCUGAUUGAUAGUGGUUUAACUUGGGCUUUUCCCUCAGCUAGAUGUAAUUAGAAAAAUUAAAUUUAUUCCAGUGUUAGGACAAAAUCUGCCGGGAUAACCCCGUUUUGAACUUUAGCUGUUAAGAUCCUUAGACGUCAGUGAGGAUGAGCGCCCAUAACGCCAUAGAGACAAAUUAUGUUUCAGCAUUUGGGAGAGACUAACCUUAACAAACGUUGCUGUGGCUUUAAGGGAACUAAGUAAAUGAUUAAUUUUUCAGGAUAUGGUCUGUAUAAAUUGCCUUGAAGUUUCCGGUUGCCUGCCUUCUACAUAAAUCGCACAAAGUUUAUGAAUAAAAAUAAAGAUGCCUCAUGCGGUUGGGGCUGCAGUGGGAUUUUCUGCAGGAGCCGAGAGUCCGCGCUGACCCCCCCGAGGAAGAUUUGAAAGCACGAAUGCUGAAAGGGAUUGGGGGUUAGGAUUUGACUAUGGCAGUGCAGUUCCUGCGGAAGGCAUCUGUGUGGGUAAAGAAGCACAAGAUCACGUUGUUGGCCGUUUCUUGCGUGGGACUGUUUGGCGCUGACCUUUCCUAUCACGUGUUUCCUGAGCAGACAUUCAAACUGUUGCAUGAGUGCUGGUCGGAGGGGCAGCCAGCUGAGCUCUCACAGAAGCUCUGUGGUGUCUUUCAGGAUGUCCUUCAAGAUAUCGAUGUGAAGUCCACUGACUCCUAUCGAGCUUUUGCAGCUUCUGGCUUCCAGCCUGUGAGUGCUGGAAUCCCCUGGCUGCCUGCGGGCUCUUUGGUGGGCAUCCCGCCGAACUUUGAUAGCACAGCGGAGGAUAAAAAAGGAAUAGUCAACCAUGUUGUUGUGAUCAAUGGCAAGGAAGUAGACUGGGAGAGCAAUGAAGGUGUUGCUUUGAAGGAAGCCCUGACGUUUUCACUUGAAGCUCAGAAGUUUGCCAUUGCGAGGGAAGUUGUGUAUUUGCAGAACGGCAGCCCUUUAGCAAGCGCUGUUGUGGCUCCAACUUGCUUAGCUGGUACAUUUCUCUGUGGGAAGGGUGUAAAGCUACUUCUGGGUUUAUCUCCUGGCCCCCUGAUACUUCGUGGCCUCUGUAACCUCAUAACUGCUGCCGGUGGACUCAUGUGCUAUUACGUUUCUUAUGACGCCAUGACUUACCACCUAGACUGCAAGGCUGACAGAAAGGCAGCUACUGUUUCCAAGGACUACGCCAGAGGUGGGGUUGAAUUUUAUGAUCAAAUCUUGUCCCGCAACAGGAUUCUUCGUGGUCUGAUGGGCAAACAAGGGACAAAAAUGUAUUCCCCGAGUGGCAACCUUUUCCCCAGGCACUGGUUCAGAAUAAAGUAUACCCCAUACACUUACCGAAGAGAUUUGAUUGUUAAUAUUUUAAGAGAGCUCCAGGCAUAGGAGGGGAGUGCUUGAAUUUUAAACUUGUGAAUUAUGUAUUCUCUUGGAACACUGCUGUGCUUCGUUUUUUUUUUCCUUUUUUUUUUUCCUAGAUCUUCAUUAGAAUUGCGGGGUUUAUUUUUGCAUAUAGUUCGGAAGGAGUUAUUGCACAUCCUGUGAAUAAAGAAUUCUCUCUUAAAAUAUUAAA